UCGGUUGUUGUGAAUAUUGCUGCCCGUGCGCGUCGUGGUUAUUGGUCGGGUGGUGUCUAUAUAAGGCGGGGUGGCAGCUUCCCUCCGGCAGGGUCGGCCAGGACUCACAUUCGGAGCGGCAGCGGGCCUAGGCAGACGUGCCUGGGUCCCGGCCCCACAAUGGGGCUCUCGGUCAAAGUACACCGUAAAGCGCGGCGGAAACGUAAAUGGCGGUUGGUGUCCAAGGAGAUCGAGCGCCUCAUGAAGCGCCACGCCAGCGGCAUGGCGCUUCAGGAGGGGCCCCUGACGCCGGCCCUCUCGCAGGCACCGCUGGCGCGAUCCGACUCGGCUGAUGCUUUUGAUGAUAUAGAAGAAUUUCAAGAUGCGUUGGAGCCAACGAUGGACUUGAAAAAGUCCCUGGAAGAUUGCGAGCUCGCCAUUGAGAAAUUCUUCGCCAAUAAUGUGAAGGGGGCCGCAGAUGUGAUGAAACCAUGGAAGGAGAAGUCGCUAUACCACAGCCAUGGCGCGGCGAUUUUCGAGUUCAUCCCAGCGAUGCUGACGAUGGACCCGCAGCAGAUCCAGAAAGCCCUCUCCGCAGUCAAGGACACGAUCUCGCUGUGCAACCGCCUGCGCAAGUCGUACACGUUCGUCGAGUCGCUCGGGAGCAUCGUGAAGAAACCAAACUUCGCGGCGUUCUCGGAGAUGCAGGCGCACGCAGAACUGAUCAACGCGGAAGCGCUGCUCGUGCAGGCGUGCCUCGUGGCACUCGAGGGGGAGGACUUAGCGGGGCUGAUUAAGGCUACCCUGAAGAUUAAGAACAGCCAUGAUUCCUAUAAGGACUGUGUCAAGAUCCUGGACAAAAAGGAGUGGGAAGACGAAGCGUCCCGGACACACUUUGAGAGCGGCGUGCGCAUGGGCGUGGCCACGUUCAACGUGAUGAUCUCGCUGUUGCCGCCCAAGGUCAUCAGCGUGCUCGAGUUCGUGGGCUUCUCGGGGGAUAAGGAGCACGGUCUAAACGAGCUGUUAACCGGCGCCCGUUCCCCCGGCCUGCGCUCCGUGCUCUGCUCCAUGACGCUACUGGUCCACAAUCUGGUGAUCGGCCAGUUCGCUGCUAUACCGCCCGACUUUGAUCUCGCGGAGCGGCUUAUUAAUGAAAACCUGCAGAAAUACCCGGACAGCGCCUGGUUCCUUAUGUUCAAGGGCAGAAUGGAACUGCUCUUGGGGCAACCAGAGAAGGCCGUGGUCACUUACGAAAGGGCCUCAAGCACAAGUGGCUUGUGGCCUCAACUCGUCCACCUUGCUUACUGGGAGAGCAUGUGGGCGCAUGCGAUGAUGGGCAACUGGAAACAGUCGUCAGAAUUCGCGGCAAAACUCUUAGAGCAGAGCAUGUGGUCCCGCACAGUGUAUGCGUACACUUGCAUGGCCACUGCUCUGCACAUUAACGACCCCAUCCCGGAGCAGAGCUGGGUCGAUGGCCUUAUUGAGGCCGCAAACAAUUAUAGACAAAGGAUACUCGGACGUUCGCUACCGAUGGAGAAGUUCGCAUUAAAAAGAUGCAGAAGGUUCAAGUCGCGGGGAAGACUAGUUCUCCCCGCGGUUGAACUUCUCUGCAUCUGGAACAUGUAUCCUUCGGUUGCGAACAACCAGGAUCUUGCUGACCAGAUGCUAAAACAAAUUGAAGAAAUGUACACGACUAUAGAAACAGGCCUGGAAGAGCUUAAGGGCCUGGAAGCGGACCUCAGAGAGCUUGAGGAACACAAGGACAAGGACAUGCCGCGGCCCUUCGACGCGGACGACCUCGCGCUAAUCCGACACUUGCGAGGGUCUCUAUUAUCCGCCAUGAACUAUCCACGACUUGCGUUGAAGUACUUGGAACUUAUAUUGAAAAACAAGGAAGAAAUAAAAGAGAACACUUUCCUAGUGCCAUACACACUGGUGGAAGUGGCGAUGUGCCACCACAAGCUCGGAGACCAUCACCUCGCUAUGAAACUACUUAAUGACGCUAGGAAAAAAUCGGGUUAUUCCCUCGAAUCCCGUCUACAAUUCAGGAUUCAUUCCAAGAUCGAGGCCAUUCGCAACUACCUGAAGGCCCCGACUCCCAGCGAAGCGACUUACGCUGGUGCUCGAACCAAACUAGAAAUGCCCGCUACUUUAGGCACACAGGGAAACCUAGUUAUAACCACACAACCAGUCAAAAACCCGGAACUCAACGGGGACAAAGACGACAAGAAAGACAAGAAGAGCAAAAAGGACAAAAAAGAGAAAAAGGAGAAGAAAGACAAAGAUAAGAAAGACAAGAAGGAAAAACCAAAAAAGGAGGAGCCAGAAUCACCAAUACCGGGGACAUCAAAGGACUUUCCGAUACAAGAGCCAAUAAAGAGAGAUACAGUUAUAACUCAGGAUGGGGUUAUAUUAUCAGAGCCGAAGAAAAGUCUGCCCUUAAGAAUGUUCCCCCCCCAGCGGGGUGAAUGACCCCGGCCGUCGGGGAAGGGCCUCAAGUUCAACCGGAUCACUGCACUGAUAUUCAGAUACUUUCUGUGCCCGGCCCUUCACCCGGCAAUGGCGUUCCCUAACGUCGACACCAUGAGGUACUACGAGUACUAGAAAUGGACAAACAAGCAAACAAAUAAGGAUACUUGGACUAGACAUGGACUAACAAACAAAGAGAUUUGGAUUAACAAAUGGAUAAGAACUAAAAUGACAAUAUGGACUAAAAAAGAAGUGAAAAAUUACGAAACUGAAAUUUUAGAUACUACUUUGAAAGUGACUAAAGACAUUGAAAAUAUAAUUAAAGUGACUGUAAUUGCAAUAUAAAAAGACAUUAAAAUUGUGAUUUAAGUAUUCUAAUUGCACUGUAAAAAAGAAAAAAACAAUAAAUGUAUGACUUAACGAUUUAGAGCUUCCAAAACAAAUCUUUGUCACUCAAAUGUUUUGACAAAGAUUUUAGCUCUAAAUGUUUUUUCUAUUGAUUAU